AGGGGGUGUGGCUACUCUGCAAUCAGUGCAGUAGUACAGAGAGACGGCUAGCUAGCUAAGUUGAAGAUUCUCUUGAUCCAAGACUUCUAAAGAUGUAUGCUUAUCUAGUAUUCGCAGCAGUAUGCCUAUUGGGUGUGAGUGCACAGGAGCCACAGCGCUGUGUUUCUCCACCAGUAUGGACUGCAAAGUUGUUUGAGAUUGACUCCAGGAGAACCUUCGAUGUCUUUGCCAACAUUACCUACGAUGCUACAAAUCAGAGGAUUAGAAUUGAUGAGUCCAUUGACAACUUCACAAAUCCCACUCGUGAUUACUUUGACACCUUCUUUUUCUUCAAAGAGAAAAUGAUGUACAUUGUGAACCUGACGAGCAAAGAGUGUAAAAAAAGAGAUCUACCAGAUGAUAUCGUGUUCCAUCCAGUGGGAAUUCCCCCAGAUGCAAGGCCACUUGGAGAGGCCGUCAUUGGGAGCAAUGCAGGAAUAAAGAUUGGUGUUACAGUAGACCUGUGGAGUGGUACCUCCCCAAGAGGUGGUCGCUAUAUGGGUGUCUGGACUAGCGUAGGCUGCAUUCCUGUUUCAGAGUUGCACCGCCUUGAGUCAGGGGAUAUUCUCAGGCAGAGUUUCUAUGACGUUGCUCUUGGAGAUGUCCCCGAGCGGUUCAUCCCACCCUCCAACUGCCAGUAGAGGCCGCACUAACAGAGAAACUACCUUAAAUACAUGUCCUGUAGUAAUUAAUUAAUUAUGUAUAAUGGACUCAGGAACUGUGCUUAUGAUAUAAUUAUACAAGUCUAUAUACAAUG